AUGGCGGACCUGGAGGCCGUGCUGGCCGAUGUCAGCUACCUGAUGGCGAUGGAGAAGAGCAAGGCGACGCCAGCCGCCCGCGCCAGCAAGAAGAUUGUCCUGCCGGAGCCCAGUAUCCGGAGUGUGAUGCAGAAGUACCUUGAGGAGAGAAAGGAAAUAACCUUUGACAAGAUUUUCAGUCAGAAAAUUGGGUGGAUGCAGUUGGAAGACAUUAUGCUGAGUGAAAUAAACAAAUUCAUUCCAGAGACAUUUUAUUAUGAUGAAAUCAAAGAGUACGAAAAGCUUGACAAUGAGGAAGAGCGUCUGUGUCGAAGUCGACAAAUCUAUGACACCUACAUCAUGAAGGAGCUCCUCUCUUGUUCACAUCCAUUCUCAAAGCAAGCCGUAGAACACGUACAAAGUCAUCUAGCCAAGAAGCAAGUGCCAUCAACUCUUUUUCAGCCAUAUAUAGAAGAGAUCUGUGAAAGUCUUCGAGGCAACAUUUUUCAAAAAUUUAUGGAAAGUGACAAGUUCACUAGAUUUUGUCAGUGGAAAAAUGUAGAACUAAAUAUCCAUUUGACCAUGAACGACUUCAGUGUUCAUAGGAUUAUUGGACGAGGAGGAUUUGGUGAAGUGUAUGGUUGCAGGAAAGCAGACACUGGAAAAAUGUACGCAAUGAAAUGCUUAGAUAAGAAGCGGAUCAAGAUGAAACAAGGAGAAACAUUAGCCUUAAACGAGAGGAUCAUGUUGUCUCUUGUCAGUACAGGAGAUUGUCCUUUCAUUGUCUGUAUGACUUAUGCCUUCCACACUCCAGAUAAACUCUGCUUCAUCUUGGAUCUGAUGAAUGGAGGCGAUUUGCACUAUCACCUUUCCCAGCACGGGGUGUUCUCUGAGAAGGAGAUGCGGUUUUAUGCUACGGAAAUCAUCCUCGGGCUGGAACACAUGCACGACCGGUCCGUUGUUUACAGAGAUUUGAAGCCCGCGAAUAUUCUCCUGGAUGAAAACGGCCAUGUCAGGAUAUCAGAUCUCGGUCUUGCCUGUGAUUUUUCCAAAAAGAAGCCACAUGCGAGCGUGGGCACCCAUGGCUACAUGGCUCCCGAGGUGUUGCAGAAGGGGACGGCGUACGACAGCAGUGCUGACUGGUUCUCCCUGGGCUGCAUGCUCUUCAAACUCCUGAGAGGCCACAGCCCUUUCAGACAACAUAAAACCAAAGAUAAGCAUGAGAUAGACCGUAUGACACUCACCGUGAAUGUGGAACUUCCAGAUACGUUCUCCCCGGAAUUAACGUCCCUUCUGGAAGGCUUGCUUCAGCGAGAUGUUAGCAAACGGCUUGGCUGCCACGGAGGCGGUGCACAGGAAAUAAAAGAACAUUGCUUUUUCCAAGGCAUCGACUGGCAGCAUGUCUACUUACAAAAGUACCCUCCACCCUUGAUUCCACCCCGUGGAGAAGUCAAUGCCGCUGACGCCUUUGAUAUUGGCUCAUUUGAUGAAGAAGACACCAAAGGCAUUAAGCUGCUUGAUUGCGACCAAGAGCUCUACAAAAACUUCCCUCUGGUCAUCUCGGAGCGUUGGCAGCAGGAAGUGACGGAAACCGUGUAUGAAGCCGUCAACGCAGACACGGACAAGACCGAGGCCAGGAAAAGGGCCAAGCACAAGCAACUUGGCCACGAAGAAGAUUACGCUCUAGGCAAAGACUGUAUCAUGCAUGGGCACAUGCUGAAACUGGGCAACCCGUUUCUGACUCAGUGGCAGCGUCGAUACUUUUACCUCUUCCCGAAUCGACUCGAGUGGAGAGGAGAGGGCGAGUCUCGGCAAAGUUUGCUGACGAUGGAGCAGAUCAUUUCUGUGGAAGAGACUCAGAUUAAAGACAAGAGGUGCAUUUUGCUCAGGAUCAAAGGAGGGAAGCAGUUUGUCUUGCAGUGUGAGAGCGACCCAGAGUUUGUACAGUGGAAAAAGGAGCUGACGGAAACCUUCACGGAGGCCCAGAGGUUACUGCGCCGGGCUCCCAAGUUCCUCAACAAGCCCCGCUCCGCGGUCGUGGAGCUGUCCAAGCCACCCCUGUGCCACAGGAACAGCAAUGGCCUCUGA